CGUGACGCAGAGCUCCUCGCGAGUCCUGCAGUCAGGCCGUGGGUCGAGCUCGGGCCCCAUGUGCCGUCAGUCCCCACCAGCCUGAGCCUCCGGCCUCCGCCGACCCCAGGAAACCUUGGCAGCACCACGCGGCCCCACUCCAGAAGAGACAUGUCUGGUAACGGCGGUGUGGCUGUAACGGCGGAAGAGAACAACUUGAAGAUGAGAGUGGUUCGAGUGGGUACCCGUAAGAGCCAGCUGGCUCGCAUACAGACAGAUACUGUGGUAGCAAUGCUGAAAACCUUCUACCCUGGCGUGCAGUUUGAAAUCAUUGCCAUGUCCACCACAGGAGACAAGAUACUUGACACUGCACUCUCUAAGAUUGGGGAAAAGAGCCUGUUUACCAAGGAGCUGGAGUACGCUCUGGGGAAAAAUGAAGUGGACCUGGUUGUUCAUUCCCUGAAGGACCUGCCUACUGUGCUACCUCCUGGCUUCACCAUUGGAGCCAUCUGCAAGCGAGAAAACCCCUGUGAUGCUGUUGUCUUUCACCCCAAAUUUGUUGGGAAAACCCUAGAAACCUUGCCAGAGAGGAGUGUAGUGGGGACCAGCUCCCUUCGGAGAGCAGCUCAGCUGCAGAGAAAGUUCCCACAUCUGGAGUUCAAGAGUAUUCGAGGAAACCUCAACACCCGGCUUCGGAAGCUGGAUGAGCAACAGGAGUUCAGCGCCAUCAUCCUAGCUGUAGCUGGCCUGUACCGCAUGGGCUGGCAGAACCGAGUGGGGCAGAUUUUGCAUCCUGAAGAAUGCAUGUAUGCUGUGGGUCAGGGGGCCCUAGGUGUGGAAGUCCGAGCCAAGGACCAGGAUAUUUUGGAUCUAGUGAGUGUGUUGCAUGAUCCAGAGACUCUGCUUCGCUGCAUCGCCGAAAGAGCCUUCCUGAGGCAUCUGGAAGGAGGCUGCAGUGUGCCAGUAGCAGUCCAUACAGUGAUGAAGGAUGGGCAACUGUACCUGACUGGUGGAGUCUGGAGUCUAGAUGGUUCAGAUAGCAUGCAGGAGACCAUGCAGACCACCAUCCACGCUCCUGCUCAGCAUGAAGAUGGCCCAGAGGAUGACCCGCAAAUGGUAGGCAUCACUGCUCGAAACAUUCCACGAGGAGCCCAGCUGGCUGCUGAGAACCUGGGCAUCAGCUUGGCCAGCUUGUUGUUGAACAAAGGAGCCAAGAACAUCCUGGAUGUUGCACGGCAGCUUAACGAUGCCCGCUAACUGGUCUGUGGGGCGCAGGGUACCUGGAUUGUCAUUUUCAGUGCCUCCAUCUGGGUUUCAGUACCCUGUACUCACUAGCUGGGAUGUGAUUACUCCAGGAGAUUCAACUACUGCCUGAGGCUGGCAGCCACACAUCUCACCUUGGGGCCUUGUUGACUGUCUUGCCUCCUAAAUAGAUGGGGGCUUCAUCUCUUUAGACAGAAGUCUAAACCACAGCCUUUGAAUGUAAGCAGCUAUGAAUGAACUGGCCUUGAAAGUGGCCAUUUUGAUGAGGUUUAGGAGACAAAUAAAUCCAAAGCUCUUUCAGUCCUUCUAAGUCUGAAACCUUUGUUUAAAAACUUCUGGAACAGCUUUUGCUUCAGCCUCAAUAGUCCUAAUUCCAAUGUUGCCUCACAGGGGAAAUCCACAAAACAAGAGAAAACAGCCUUAAUACCCUUGGCUUGCCUGGUGUGGGGGGCCAAGCCUAAAAUCCCAGCAUUUGGGAAAUAGAAGACUGUGGGUUCAAGUCCAGCCUGAGCUACAAUGACCAUGACUCCAAAUAACCAAAAUAAAUGAAAAUCCUAUGUCUUA